AAUUUUCAUACGCUGUAACCUAGUCAACCACAUCUUUAUCUUUGCUGACAGAGCUUUAGAGCUCCACAGGCUGAACAUGUUUUAAGAAAUUCUCAGAAGAGACUUUGAAAAGCAGCGUGAAAGCCAAGCUGUGAACUCAGUCCUCAUCAGGGUGAACGUCUGAAUGGAGCAGCCAAGAGGUAUGGGUAUCCGUUCCUCUCUUGGUGAGAACCCCAGAAAUGGAUCCAACCUAUCUAAUGAAUCCACAUGUGGAAUCCAGGAUGACUUUCUUACGGAGACCCUGCCUGCAGUGUACUCGAUCAUUGCCAUCGUUGGUUUCAUCAGCAACUUCCUGGCCCUCUGGGUGUUCAGUUUUGGCUCUCUGAAGACAAACUCCAUCACAGUGUACAUGAAACACCUUGCAAUCGCUGACCUCUUCCUUGCCCUCUGUUUGCCCUUCCGGGUGGCUUAUCAGAAGCACAGCGGUCCUCCCGCUCUCUGCAAAAUGAUAGGUGUUAUCUUCUAUGUCACCAUGUAUGUCAGCAUUUUCCUUCUCAGCUUGAUCAGCCUGGACCGCUACUUCAAAAUUAUCAAGCCCCUUCAACAGUUCCGAAUCCACACUGUGCCAUUCAGCACUGCCAUCUCUGGGGUGGUGUGGCUGAUCUGCAUUGCCACAAUGCUGUGCUUCCUUUUGAAUAGCAGUGAAGCUGGGCCCUGUGGCCACAAGUGCUUCCAUUUCAAGUACAGAAGCAACACUGGAGGCGUACUCAAUAUGACAGCAGUCACCAUUUUUUUCCUUUUGCUGUUAUUUUUUCUCUAUUCCUAUGGCAAAAUCUCGCUCAGACUCCAUGCAGUAUCUUUAAAGAAAACGCAGCAGCACAGUAAGAAGAUGAGCACCAGAGCUGUAAUAAAGACUUUUGUAGUCUUGGUUGUCUUCAUCAUAUGCUUCGUCCCCUACCAUAUGGUUCGAAUACCCUACAUCCUUGCCCAAGUGAGGAUCAUUUCUGAGCAGAACAUACAGCCCCUCCAUCUUGCAAACGAAUUGGUUCUUUGCAUUUCAACCCUCAACUGUUGUUUUGACCCUGUGAUUUUUUUCUUUCUGUCCAGCAGUUUCAAGAAGUCCCUGUUGGAUACCACCCUUGGAAAGCUAAAGUGGGCUUCUCAGAAUAAUCAAAGAGCAUUAUAUGUCAGAUAAUCCAUUAGAGACUUCAGGGUCCAAGAGAGUUGAGUUGCAUAACUAGGAUGAACUUCUGGAUCUUAGAUCUUUGUGCUAGAUCAGCCUUCCUCAAGAUGGUGACUACCAGAAGUUGAUGGAUUCCAAAGAUUAAAAGCCCUAGUUAAGGAUUUCUAAUCCAAGAACUCCAGAAGACAUCAGGGCACAGAAAGCAGGCUUAGACAUCAUAUAGUUAAGAUGCUGAUAUAUUUUAAAAGGAGACAGAAGCCAAUGAUGGUAUUUUUAAUCUCUAGUGGGGAUGCGCAUAUUGUUUUUUUCUGAGAAGAAUGUAGACAAAACGAACAGGAAAGAGGAGGAAUAUUAAACAUGAUUUGUGAGAGAAAGCAAAACUGACAAAUUUUGUAUGCCUAGGCAGAGAAUGCAUUGCUCUUAAAAUAGUUUGUCUAUUUUAAGUCAAGCUGUUCUUUCCAUCUUAAAAAUGUUAUUUAUGUUUGGGCAAAAUCUGUUCUGAUUCUACUUCUGCCUUCUGAGGAAACAGGAACACGGCGGCCUUCAUCUUCUGCAUGACAGCUUUUCUGACACCUUUUAGCAAAACUGGGAACUGUUGAAAUGCAUUGUCUCUCUUGGCUUCUUUGUAAACUAAAUUUUCUACAUAUUCCUCUUUAGAUUAAGCAAAGAAAAGAAAUUUCGUGCAAGUCCUAUUUGCUUACAAUAACCCUUUAAACAUUAGCAGUAACAAUUAACAAUUUUUACUGUAAACCGCCCAGGGUCACUCAUUGAAUGAAAUGGGCGAUGACUAAAUUUGAAAUAUAAAUAAAUAAAAAUAAA